AAACACAUCAAAUAGAAUGCGCAAUUGUUUUGCUGUUUAUUGUCUGACUAUAAAAAGGAUUUAUUCUGUAGUUUCCACAAAGUUAUUCCUGCACUGUGUACUUCAAGCGUAAAGGUUUGAAUCUGUUUAUCAAGAUGCAAUUAUUCGGGCGGCAGAAAAUAAUAGUGUACUUAUUGGGACUUAUGUGCACAUGUGUGUAUGGUUUUAUAAGUGUAGACUUUUCCAGAUUAGGUCGACGUUCAGGUGGAAAUGUUGGAUAUCAGAAAGGUGGAAUGGGCGGACAAGUCAAUGACGGAAAUGCUGAAUAUCUUAAAGAAAUGAUGGAUUCUGGAUUUGAUCCAUCUGGAUUUGAAGGAUUGAACAAUCAUGGCGCUGGUUUUGAAAUGAGGGUGCAAGAUUUAGGAGGUAAUCCAAAAUUUGGAAACAACAGAUAUCAAAAGAAAUUUAAAUCUGCUUAAUGAAACACGAGAAAGGAUGAAGAGAAACCGGGCUGACGACAACAGAGGAUUUUAGAAAAACUGUUUAUUCUAUAUAAUAAAUAUUUUGCUCUCAUUUAAAA